CCGAUGCUAUCCGUACACUUCGAUAGCUCGUGUCCGAGGUAGCGGGAGAUUGAAUGAGUUACCAAAAGCAAUACACAUUUCAAAGGAUCAUUCAAGCAAUGAUUAUUAUAUGCGUAGGUACGAGAAUAUACGCAAAUGCACACCUCCCACGGCCAUCCCGAGGAAGGUGUGCCGAGUGCAGUGUAGAUCAUGGCAUGACAUGACAACAAAUAAAAUAAACGCACCAUACGAUGAAUGUAUGUAUGUCUUCAAUUUAGCGUAUCUCUACGCCGUAAAUGGCCGCCUUGUCCUUCGCCAACCCAUGGAUCGGUUCUCUCCUCAACAAGGCCUUUUCACCCAAUUGCAAUACUGCUGUCCUGCAACCGAUGAGUCCUGCCAUGGCUUGUCUCCAUUUCCCCACAGACUUGGAAGCAGUGGAAUGGGGUCUUGGUGCCUAGUAUUGCGCGCGAGACGGGCAUUGUUAUUGCGGGGCAGGAGGUUGAACAUCCAUUCACCCCGCAUCACGGGAACGGAUCAACGGCAUGACGUCUAUAGGAGAGAAAGCAUGAAAGGUCAUAGGCAAUAUUUGGUUGACAUUGUGCUAUUUCAUUUUCCCCAUGGCUGAGGUCUCUAGGUGAUCGUAUAUCAUUGAAUACAUCAUACAAGUGGUAUCAAACAGGUGGUCUCGGAAUCCACGUGACAGUCCCAUACUAAACUCCUGGAAAAUGCUCCUCCAUUGUUGCCCUGCUCAUACCGCAAUACUGAAAACGAUCAAGAAAUGGGUACGGAAUUCCUCAGGCACCAAAGACGCCCUCGGGAGUGCUCACAAUUAUUCCGCCUUCUCCUGCACUGCUCAGCCUAGCACAGAGGUUCAGGAAUACGACUGUCUCGGUGGCUGCAAGAUAGUUCAGAGUAUCCAAUAGUAUCUUCAAAU